ACAGUACAUGUUGAGACGUGGGUCCAUCCUGUGAGGAUUGCUGUUUCUGUUAGUGAGUUGAAGCUAUGAGUAUAAAUUGGAGGCUAUUUUGCUAUAGAAAAAACACUUGAUUGUCCAGUUUUUACUGGACAGUUUUUGUCCAUUACCUGUUUUUUUUCCCCAAAUGGGUGUUCAUUGUCAACAAUAUCUCAAGCUCAAGUUCAGUACUUCUUAUAUGAGUGUAGAACACUUGUUCACAUUGAUAUGUAUAAUGUCCUAUAGGUGGUGAAAGGUGUCAGAUGUUAAUGUGAAGACUUGCGGCACGGCAGAGACAUGUGUAACCGGGAGCAUGAACCUGGGAGCGAUGAAAAUAGUCAACGAUGCCAAAUGCUGCAAAACUGAUCUCUGCAAUGCUGAAACGGCUCUGAAGCAGGCUCCCAAUGGGAGAUCGUGUUACAGCUGUGAUGCCAACAGCUGCUCAGAAACAGUGAACUGUGAAGGAAGUGAAGAUCACUGCAUCAGUGCAUCAGUUAAAGAAGGGAGCAACACCAUGUCUAUGAAAGGAUGUGUAUCCAAGAUCCUCUGUGCUGUUUCUCAAUCAAGCAUGUCAGGAAUCGACAUAUCAAAUAUGCAGUGUUGUGAGGGGAAUCUGUGUAACGGUGCUGAGAACUUCACACUGAGUUUCCUCCUCAUGAUCGUCCUUCUGCUCUCCUCCGUCCUCUUCUGCUGAAAUCUCCACUGAUGGAGUCUUAUAUAAUAUAAGACAAAACACCAAGAAGUAGAAGUUUCUGUUUCUUUUUUAGCCUGCUGAUUUAGAGUUUUGUUUGUUUGUUUUAGCAUUAACUGUGGUUUUAUACUAUAUAUCAUGUCCUGUUCAAUAUUUCAAACAAAACAUAUCAGUCAUGUGUCUCAAUGUUCUAUUUGGAGACUGUGAGAUGAUGAUGAUGAUGAUGAUGAUGAUGAUGUAAAUGUUCAUGAACAGAACCUACCACCAAAAUAUUUUUUUUUUAUAUGCAAAGCAAUUAGGAAGUCCAGUAAUAUACUCAAUUUUACUCAGGUCUACAGAUUUAUUAUUUAUUUUUAUUUUUUUUUUAAAAAACAAAACAUUUUUGUGCUCACAAUUGUAAUCUGUCGAUGAAAUGCUUUUUUUUAUUAUUAUUUUAUGCUUUUUAAUUUUAUUAUUAUUACCAAAUGCUUUAUU